CAGCUGCAUCAAAUAUAUGUUGUAUUUCGGAUGUUAAUUUAUGAGAAUGCUUUAAAAGGAAAACAUACGACUAAAUUCUUAGAAAACAUGUGUUAUUAAGUGUGCAAAUGGAAAAUGGUCACACCUAAAAAGAUUCAUAACAACAUCGUGCUUUCAUUUUUUAUAUGUUUAAUGUAUUCGUCUAUGUCAGAUGCUAGCUGUGAUUUGCCUGACGAUUUGAAGAACACAGUGUGGGAAUAUAAUUACACAGUAGUAUCACACAAUUCAGAACAAUCAACCAAUCUCAACAUUGCAAAUACAACGCUACCAAAUUCCGUCAUCAACUUGAAUGCUCUCGGGACUACAGUAAAUAAUUGGACUUGUAUCAAUAGUUUAGAAAUAUCUGGCACAACUGCAGUUGUUGUCUUCAAAGGUGACGAAAGCUUUACAAGAGUACCAGGUGGACACAAAGUAUGGCUGUAUCUUUGCAUGAAAUUAACAAAAGUUGACCCUGAUUUAUAUUACUUUCAUCUCUUAUCAGAUAUUGAAACUGCCUUAUUUCCAAACGAAAGAGUGUUCAUGUCAGAAGCGAAUAACGCUCCAGCUGAUAAUGCAUCGAUAUGUAGCACCUUCUGUCAAUACACAGAAUCACUGAAAAUUAGAACCUUAAGAAGACAAGGUAGCAGUGCCACUUUACCUAGCAACGUUUCUUUGUGUGAACCCUGUGACAGUGCUUGUGAAGAAGCAACUACAAAAAACACAUUAUUAGAGACAACACAGAAAACCACGCUGCCUUUCCCUUCUACUGAAAUUGACAUUACGACAGACAUAACAUCAACAGAGACAACACAGAAAACAACGAUACCAUCCACUUCUACUGAAAUUGUCACUACGUCAGAAAUGCAAAUACCGACAACAACAUCCGAAAUAACUUUACAAACAACGUCUACUUCUUCUGAAAUAGAAACUACGACAGAAAUUAUAUCAACGACAACAAGACCCGAAACAAAGCUACCAUCCACCCCUAAUCAAAUGGAAACUACGACAGAAAUAACAUUAAAGGAGACAACACAAACAUCUGCCGUUCAUUAUACUGUUAUUGAUUUGGAAACAACACCACAAACAACAAUACAUUCCACUUCUAAAGACACUGAAAGCACUACCAACAUGAAAUUAACAACUACAGAUUUGAAAGACAAAACGACAUUGGAAACUAAAUCAACAGAUACAGAAAACCUGAAGCGAUAUAGUGGACCUAUUAUACUAGCAGGGAUAUCAUUAAUUGGUUUUGUACUUGUGAUAAUUGUUUUCUGUUUGCUCAACGGACGUUCGAUGAUUAAUACAGAACGGAUCACACACACAAAAUCAGAAGAAACAUAUGGCUCUACACCAGACACAUGCUAUACUUUAUAUACAGGCAAACAAUUUGGAUUUCAGAAGAUUGCAAUUCAGCAUUGGGACUAUCACUAAGUUAGCUUUGUAAUGAGAUUUACAACCCAUGAAUAAUCUGAUAAUUCAGUGUUAUGACAUUAUAACACUUACUUUGCAUUGUUUAAAGCCAUGAAGUUUGUGGCUUGAUGGCCAAUGUCACAACAAACUAUUUCAGGCUUGUAUGAUGACUGAAUCGUAUAUUUGAUAAGAAGGUGCCUUAAUGAUGAAUAGAAUGUCAGAUCACUUAUGAUAUACCUCUAUAUAUAUUGUUACAUGCAUAAUGUGAAUGUUCAACUAAUUGUAAAUAUAUAGGACAUUGGUGUGUUUUAUAAAUGUUUACAAUGUACAAUGUAUUGCAAUAAAUAAAUGGUCUUUCAUUCAACUUUAUACGAGUAUUAUUAAAAAUAAUGUAAAGCUGGACCUUGUAUGGAUUUAAAAAUUGUUCAACAAUGUGAACAUACCAUAUAAAUAAAGCUAAAUUUUGUUUUA